AUGCUGAGCACAAAAUCGUCGGGGGAGCCGCUCCUGGGCGGCCGCCCGUACUUCAGCCGCCGCGCAGAGGUGGUGGCGAUGGCCAGCAUGGGGUGGCCUAUGCUCGUCUCGUUUGCCUGCCGGCUCGGCAUGGGCUCGACCGACUCGGCGUUUGUUGGCCACAUCACCGACGGCGCGUUUGCUCCUCACGAGUACCUUGCCGCCGCCUCCCUCUCUGACAUGGUUGUCAACAUCGCGGCUGCCCCGCCGCUCGCCUUCAACCAGGUGCUGAAUGCGCUGGUCAGUCAGGCGAUCGGCGCUGACAACCCCAUGAUGGCCGGACGCUGGCUGCAGCUCUCCAUCAUCGCGCUCGCGGUCGGAAUGCUGCCCAGCUUGAUCUGCUUCUUCUACGUGGGUCCGGUGCUGAAGCUGCUGGGCUUCUCCGACGCUGUUUGCUUGCUCGCCGGGCACUAUGCGAAGUUCAACGUGUUUUGGCCGAUCCCAAACGGGUGGUACCAGUGCAUGAGAUUUUACUUCCAGGCGAUGGGCAUCACCAAACCAGCGAUGUACAACAACCUCUUCUUCUUCUUUGUAAAUAUCCUGCUGAAUUGGUUCUUUGUCUUUGGCGGGCCGGCAUCAUUGCGUGCAGUCACCGGCUUUGGGGGCUUUGGGUUCGUGGGAGCGGCCAUGUCCAUCUCGAUGUCCCGCUGCCUACAGCCUCUCGCCUUCUUCUUGUAUAUGUUUGUCUACCGCAAGGCCCACCUCGAGACCUGGCCCGGUUGGUCGAUGGAGUCCAUCGACCAGAAGUACGUGAAGGUCUUCCUCGCGCAGGCGCUGCCCCUGGUCGGAACCAUCAUCUUCCAGAUGCUCGUCGACCAAUCGAGUACGCUGAUGAUCUCGCAGUUGGGCACCCUCGCCGUCGCUUGCAGCUCCGCGACGCAGGCGCUGAUUAACAUCGUCGCCGGCGGCGCCAGCAACAUGCUCAUCGGCGUGGCGGCGGUUCGUGUGGGCUUCCACCUCGGACGAGGCGAUGGCCCGGCGGCGGCGCGAGCUGCCGCCAUGGCAGUCGCCGCGGGCGUCAUAAUCGUUGGUGGCUCCAUGCUUGCUGUCGCACCCGUGCGCCACGCGGCGAUGUCGACCAUCUCGUCCGAUCCGUACGUCGUCGAGGUGGCCUCGCGCAUGAUUGUGCCCGGUUUCCUCGCCUCGAUGGGCCAGCUGCUGGUUGGCGUUGGCACUGGCGGCGUCUUUGCUGCGCAAGGGCGCACCAUCCUCAACACGAUCUUGGCGUUCGCCUUUGAGCUCCCGUGCUCGAUCGGGAGCGUAUUUGUCCUCGUCAUGAUCAUGCACACCGGCGUUGAAACCGUCUAUUGGGGCAAAGCUGGCAUCGCAAUCGUGGAGGCCGCUGUCGUGAUGAGCAUAGUGGCCAUGUCGGACUGGGAUGCGUCUGCAGCCUUUGCAAUGGAGCUCCAGGCAAAGAAGGCUGACUCCUCGUUCAAGAGCAUGCAGUCAUCCAUGAGCCGUCUGUCGCGUGUCUCGCCGGGCACGAUGCUCACGACCCCGCGCGUGACGCAGGGAGCGGAUGCGAGGCGGAGCCAGUUUGCCGAGUGA